AUGGCGAAGGCGAAGCAGUCCGCUCCUCGUGGCCUUCGUCAGCCUGGUCCUCCCACUGAUGCAUCGGUCCCUACUACCAACCCGCUGAACGACGGUCCUUGCAACGACUCACCUCCCGCUGCUCCUGACAUUCGACUUCCACAACUCCUCUCGCGCAAGCCACUUCGCCGAGAAACUUCUCUCGACAUUAACAAUCCGAGCUUCGAGUCGCCUCUAUCCGACUCUAGCAAGGGCCCCAUUAAUUAUGAUGACCAGGAAUGGGUGGACACUGUUGCCUUCGGACGGUCCUCCAAGAUCCCCGUGGAGUCCAUUCACGGGAAGCAGGAAGAGGUGCUCGUGCCGAUCCCAGAGCCUCUAACGCCCUCUCGACUUGGGCCUUUGGAUUUGAUCUCCACUUCCACGCGCGACCGGAAGAGCGGGACACAGCCAUCUUUCAUCUGCACCAACGAGAGUUGCGUGGAAGUGGACAAGAAGACCGGUCGCAGGACGUACAAGAAAGCCUUCGUUCGUAGAGGUGACUACAAUCGACAUUGUGCCCUACACUCCGGCCUUAAGCCUUUCGAAUGUCCCGAAUGUGGCAAGAGAUUUAGUCAGAAUUCGGGGUUGAAGACUCACUUAAACAUCCACAAUGAUCUAAGGCCCCAUGCCUGUGGCCACCCCGGAUGUGACAAAACCUUCGCAGAUCCCUCUUCCCGCACUCGACAUCGUAAGGAGAAGCACUUGCACCCCCUUCCUUACUGGUGUCCAGUUCGGGUUUGUACUUUCAAGAAUAAACGUCCCUCGAUCUUCAAGAAGCACCUCAUGGAGAACCAUGGGGUAAACGCAGAUGGCUUUGACAUUGAGAUGUACUCUGGGAAGGAACGCACCCAAGUCAUCAACAACCACAAGCAAUUCCAACAGUCCCUCUCCCAUGAUUACGAUGAAUAUCUUCCCGUUGCUGCUCAACGCAGGCGGCGUCGUUCCAGCGCUUCUAGCACCCCCUACAGUCGAAAGCGCUCCAAGAAGGAUAAAGGUCCCGACGGGUAUCCCCCUCUCCAAUCAAACAUUUCAUACUCCCCUGACGGUCAUCUCUCAAAGGAGAUUCGAUCGAAGGGAGCCUUCAUUGUCCCACCCGAGUCUAUUACCAUGCCCUCGCUGUACCCAGCCUACCAGCCGCAGGUCAGGCAAAGCUCUCCCAGCACACCGGCAACCGAGUACCCCUACAUCGACUUGCAAGCCUGCGCUGGAUAUUCGACGUCGAGCUUUUCGAUGCCCAACCUCAACCUGACACGAUCUAUGUCCCCCGUGACCGACUCGGCCUUCCACUCGUACCUCACUCAAAGCUCGGGCUACCCAUUAUCCUUCACUGAUCCAAGUCAAAUCUGGGGGUCCCCCAAUUUCCAUGCCUUCGAAUCUCCUCGCUGAGCACACCUGGAGUGUGUCUCAAACCUGACCGUAGUGUAGUUCCCCCCGCCUCUCUUCCAUUUUGUUUCGCCUGCGAUACCUUCUCGACCUGAGACCCCCGCCCACUUCCAUUUCCACUCGUUUGUUCGGCCUUCAAAGUGGGUGGAUGUUGCGUUUUUUGAGCGCUGAUACAUUGCCAUGUUUUUAUUAACUUGGUUCACCGUCCAUGGCACGGUUUAAUAGACGGGCUUUUUAUCACAUGUAGCCUGCGAGUAUUGUAGUA